UGCGUCGUGGGUAAAGGUAAAUAAAUAAUAAGUGGUCGAAGUGAGACGAGAACGAGAGUCUACGAAGUCUGUUUUGAUCCAGUCAUAAAAUGUCUCUAUCCUACUCUUUGGAGGAGAAUUAUUCUCUGUUGCCACUUGAAGAUUCAUUUGUACCAAAUGAGCUGGGUUCACUCUCACGUCACGGACGUGUCCAAGGUUAUGAUGAAGACUUUGAUCCGCCGUUGGACAGCAAGUACAAAUGUACCAUUUGUCAUCUUGGUCUUCGAGAUCCUGUUCAGACGUUUUGCGGCCACAGAUUCUGUAAAGAAUGUUUUUUACACUCAAUAAGGGAUGGUGAUGGUGACUCCCUUUGCCCUUUGGAUAAAAAAACUCUGUCAGAAUCACAGUUUUACCCAGACAAAUUUGUGGAGCGGGAAUUAUUGGAAUUUGAAGUAUUAUGUCGAGCCAAGAAACAAUCUGGGUGUCCUUGGAAAGGUCCACUUUCAAGUUUAGAGGAUCAUUUAAGCAGAUGCCAACUUGUUGUUGUGAAUUGUGAGCAUAACUGUGGCAAGCAGCUACAGAGGAAAGACAUCCACCAACACAUGGAAGCUGAAUGUUUGUACAGGAAAACUCCUUGUGAACAUUGUGAGGAUCCAGUUUUGUGGAGUGAAUUUGAGAUGAAGCUCCACCUGGAACAGCAAUGUCCAAAUGUGAAGAUAGAAUGUCCAUUUAACCUAGUGGGUUGUGCAUUUGAGGGUUUGCGAUGUGAUGCUGAAAAGCACCUUGUUAAUGAUCAUAUCUGCGAAAUCAUGGAUUUGAUAAAAAUUGCUGUCAGCUAUCAAAUUGAAGUCAUCAGAAAAGGUUUAAACCAAACAGAAGUCAAAUCAAAGAGUGAAAAUGAAGCUAUUAUAGACAAACAGGGAAAACAGAUUCAGGAGCUAGAACGUGAAGUUGGUUGCCUCAAACAAACUCUUACCAACAAAGUGAACUGGUUUGAAUUCCAGCUGAGUAAAAUGCACAAUUUGAUGCUUAAACAGGAAAUCAAGUUGCUUCAGCAAGAAGGGCAGCUAUUUAAUGGAGUAUACAUCUGGAAGAUAGAAAGUCUUUUCAAAUGUUACCAAGAUGCAAUCAGUGGAACAAAUACAGUAAUGUACAGUCCUGGUUUCUACACCAAUCCAUAUGGGUACAAGUUAUGCUUGAGGAUUAAUUUAAAUGGUGUGGAGAAUGGAGAUGGUUCACAUGUGGCCUUGUUUGUUCAUGUGAUGAGAGGUGAUUAUGAUGAGCACUUGGAAUGGCCAUUUCCAAAGAGUUUCAAAUUAUCUAUCAUGGAUCAGUCUGAUGGUGUGGAAUCCAAACACCAUAUCACAAAAAGAGUGACAGCUGAACCUGAACGGAAUGCAUUUCAGAGACCUGUGGCUCCUUUCAAUGUAAUUGGUUUCGGUUAUCCAGACUUUGCACCAACUGACAUCAUCAAUAAACCACAGUAUACCAAAAACAAUACUUUGUUAGUGAAGUUUAAGUUAACUGGUUAGCUUAGCCAUGUACCAUUCUAACUUGCCUUUGAAUGUUUAGAACGUAUUUCAUUUCUUAAAGAAAGAUUAUGUAGGAACUGCAAUUCAUGGCUAUCAAAUAGUAGACUGUAAAAUGUAUGUAUAAGGUAAUAAUUGUAUCACCUAGGGUUAACACAAAGCUGGUUAUUUAUAGUUUGUAAAACAAUUUUUAGAAGUGGCAAAAGUCACUUUAAAUAAUAAUUAUUUGUACAUGUAGAUGCUGUUUUCAUUUUAUUCUUUAACUUAAGGAAAUCAAGAAGUAUUUUUUACACAUAGUGUAAUUAUUUGUUGUAUAUGGUUUAAUGUAUUUCGCACAGUAUUUGUGAAAAGUAAAAUGGUUACAAUUGAAAACA